GAGUCGAAACAGCCCCAAAAACCACCGAAGAAGAAAUGUGACACCUUUAUUUUGAAAAGCUCCUCCCCGGAAGUCCUGUUCAUGUUAUGGCAGCGCUGCACAGCUGCUCCGAGUAGCAGAGACACAUUUCAGGUUUCUGUUGAAACGUUUUACACUUAGUAGAGUAACGUUUCCUCCCUGUGUCGCGUAGUUUCUGACUUAUCUUCAGUAUAUUUGUUUUCUGGGGCGUCUGGUAUUCUGGAGAAGAUGGUUCUGUCAACAUCACAUCAAGUCGCCCUGGCUUUCACGGCCGUGCUCUUCACGUUCGUGGUUCUGCCAAGGAUGUUUGGAGUCGGUGGCGGAUCCGGGACGAAGGAAACCAGAUUUGACCCUCGCUACACCCGAAAAGCAGGUCCAGGCGCGGUGAGAGGUCAGCCCAUCAACAUGAACGCCCCAGGUUCCCCUCAGACCCCUGAGAACAUGCAGCAGAUGAAGAAGCUGAUGGAGCAGGAGCUGAAGACCGACAAGUACAAAUCCAACAACAACAACAACAACAAAGGCUACGUGUUUACUCUGAUGCCUCUCUAUGCCAUCGGAGUUGGUGUGUUUGCAGCCUACAAGUUUUUGAAGAUAAAGUCUUCAGAUGAAAAGGUGCAAAAGGACAAAUUUACAAAAGGAGCCAAAAAGUCUGUGGAAGCAGAAAACCAGUUGAACGAGCUGGAACAAAGGUUAGCACAGACAGAGAGGAUGCUCAACUCCAUCCUCACACAGCUGGACCCGCUCACUAACUGUGUGAAGACAGUGGCUCAGGAUCAGAAGAACGAGAUCAUGACUCAGCUUCAGACCAUCCGCUACCUGAUGAAGAAGAGAGGAAUGGACUGUCCGCCCCUGAACAUCAACGAGGCAUCCUGCGGCCGUAAUCUGGAUGAGCUCAUCGAGUCACUUGGAGCAAGGGACAACUCAACAGAUGGGUCUUCUCCGGCGGACGAACAGACGUCUGCAGGAACAACAGAGGCUUCGGGAAAAGUCUACAAAAAGAGUUCAGAUGCAGAGGAUGAAGCUGUGAAAGAAGGGGAAGAAAUGAAGGAGCUCAUUCCAGAGGAUUCAAAAGGGGAAGGGGAGGAAGAUGGAAAAGAGGAAGAAGAGGGGGAUAUAGAAGUAGAGGAGGAGGAGGAAGAGGAAGAGGAAGUGUUGGAGGACUCUGAGCUGAUGCCUUCUCUAGAGAACUCGUAUGAGACAAACAUUGAGGAGGUGGGAGCAGAGCAGACGGGCCUCAGGAGACGCAACAGGCCUGAAUGAACUCACUGCAGGACUCCUGCUCUGUACAGAGACGUGACAGAUUAUUUUGAUUAUUUAUUAUCUGAAAGGCUUUCAUUCCAAAAAGCUGUCCACAUAUUCAUCCUAACAUUUAUUCUAUUUGGAUAACACAAUAACUUCACUAGAAAAGCUAACACCAAACACGUGGGGCUCUGUUUUCCUGUUGCUCUAAAAAUCUGCACCAUGUUUCGCUCGCGCAGGAUGCAUCCACAUUCAUCUACUUUAACUGCUCACACAUGUGCAGACGGUGCCGUGCAGAAGGGCUGCAGGCUUGGUGACACUUUUAAAAGCUGUGCUAAUUACAGUGAUGCAUGACAUACCAGGGGCUUGUACGACAAAGCAGGAUUUGGGUUUAGCGAGGCAACUUUAGGCUCCACAGCUGAGAUAGUGGUUCACUUCUUGUAAACAUACAUUGCCAUGCUAACUCACAGGUAGGGUGUUUUAAAGUCUACAGUUUAAAAUACAGAUUUUAUCUUUCUUUUAUUUUUUCUACUGUAAACAAACCAACGUCACAGCCACCAAACUUCUUGCGAUUUUGCUGUGGACUUGAGACCAAUCAGAAUCUUGCAAAUGUGGCUCCUUCCUAUCAUUCACUGUCCUAAAAGCUCGACCGCCACUGCCCUCUUUUGCCAACUUUGAAUAUCGCACUAGCAACAAAUCAUACUAAUUCUGCCUUUAUGGUAUGUUGAGGUCAGGUUCACCUGCUUAUUACCUUUACCCUCCCUUUGUCACAGUAGAUUUUACUGAUGACAAACCCACUGUUUUCCAGUAUGACAAAUUUUACUUUGGUGCAAAACAUGGAAGAAACACAUCCCUACUAUUGUUUCACCUGUGCAUUAAUGUCUUCAAAAAGUAAAUGUCUUCAAUGAAUGGAGUAUUUAUUCCAUUAUGAGAAGUUCCACACAACAUGAGCAUGGAAGACUUUAAUGACACAGCUUCUCUGUUUGUGUAGAGAAGACAUACUGCCGUUGUUGCAUUCUGACCCUUCACCAUCCUGUGCUGCUGCCCUUCCUUCCUGCUGAGAGUGAGAACAUUUUAAGAUGGAAAAGAUCCAUAGAAGUCUUACCUUAUGUUACCUAAAACAUACUCAUUUUUUUAUAUUUCUCAUAAAGGGAGUGCCAGUCAUGCUGCUGGAUGCGACAAGCCUGCAGAAUAUGAUAAUGUUUAUUGUAGAAGUAUGAAUGGCUGCAUGAUUACACAUCAGAACAUGACUAUGCAUGUAGGACUUUGUUUACUUUGCCUCCACAUUGUGGCUGCAUGAUGUUUAUUUACUCAAGAGGAAAAUGACAAUCAUCCGAUCAACUCGAAACGUUCAAACUCACAUUUAAGUUGACUUUUUGUUUCACUAUUCUGUUACUUUCCUGCAUGUUUUUAUGGUCAGUGGGUGUUAGUUUUGGUAUUGUAGAAAGAACCAGCUAUCACUUUGCCUUAUCAUUUAGUAACUUUAUUUAACAUUGCAAUUUCAAAUGCUUCAGAGAGACACUUUGAAGAGGCUCGUUUUCAGUUCGGUCACACACUUCAGCAGCCAUGAAACAAAAAGAACAAAAAAAAUUUGGCCUGAUUUAAAAAAAAAAUUGAAAGAUAUCUUGCUGUCAAUACCUGACAGUUUAUUUACAACUGAAAAUGUAGCUGCAGUAUCACAAGUUAUAUGAGUCAUUCAAUUAAGUGUGUGUGAUCAUUUUGACACGUUUGUUCAGCUGAGGUGAAUCAUUGAAUUUCAACUCUCAGUGUAAUGAAAUGUGGUAAAAACAAAAAAGGUAGAGUUUAAAUCUUUCUCUUCUUUUAUAUGAUUUGAGACACCCUUGUGGUAAAUCUUUUGUUGUGUCUUCAGAUGAAUAUGAUCAUGUUUGACUCCUAUGUGCUGCAAGACGUUUGAUUUACACUACCAGUCAAAAGUUUAGACACACUUUCUCAUGCAAUGGUUUUCAUUUCUUUUAAUUAUUUUCAACAUUAUAGAUUAAUGUAUAACAUAUUCUAGUUUGUUUAACACUUUUCUGAUAAUUAAAUAAUUCCAUAUGUGUUCUUUCAUAGUUUUGAUGUCUUCAGUAUUAAUCUACAGUGUUUCAAAUAAUUAAAAUAAAUACAAACCCUUGAAUGAGAAGGUGUUUCCAAACUUUUGACUGGUAGUAUAGUUUAAUUUUUUACUUUUUGUAUCAAUAUCCUUUAAUAUCUUUUGCAAAUAAAUUCACCUUGAAUUUAUUAUCACACCUUUAAAAAAACACAAAUGUUUGCCUUAAUGUAAUUUGUAAAUGUUUUUGUAUCAGUUCUUACCCUUUAUGUGCUGAUUGUUGUGUGUUUCACGUGGAGGCUGAGUUUGUAAGCUCAGCUCGCCUUAGUAGAAAAUAAAGAGAAGGAAGUGAUA